GUGCUGGCUGCUACUUGAAGCAGUCAGUCUAGCUGCGUCAAUCAGAGAGGGAGGGUAUUGUCGCAUUAUAGCGAAAAAUCCGCUUUUAUACGCGGCCGGUACCCAAUUAAGGGUCAAAAUAGUGCUGACUGACCGUAAUGACUAUCAUUCUUUUUCUUGUAGACACUAGUGCGUCUAUGAAUCAGCGUACUUAUUUGGGAACGGCUUUAAUUGAUGUAGCAAAAGCAGCAGUUGAAAAUUUUAUGAAGAGCCGAUCCCGCGAUGGGAGCAGUCGAUGGGACCGUUACAUGCUCCUGACAUUCGAAGACCCACCAGCGAAUGUGAAGGCUGGUUGGAAAGAGAGUCAUAUGACAUUUGCCUCAGAGCUGAAAAAUUUGCGAGCUUCUGGCUUAUCAACACUUGGGCCUUCAUUAAAGCAUGCCUUUGAUUUGCUCAAUUUAAACAGAAUGACCAGUGGUAUUGACACUUAUGGACAGGGGAGGAGUCCAUUUUACAAUGAAUCUACCAUAAUUAUUGUGAUUACUGAUGGUGGACAUCUUACAACUACUUCUGGAAUCCAGACAGAGUUAAAUUUACCCAUGAACUCUGUGGUGCCAGGGGCCGAGCUGACCAAGGAGCCAUUUAGGUGGGAUCAGAGAAUCUUUAGCCUUGUUAUGCGUCUACCUGCAAGUGUUCCGCCUGAUGUCUCAGCAUUUCCAUUCAUACCAUCUGCUGAGAACACAGCCAUUGAUGUGAUGUGUGAGGUCACUGGGGGUCGUUCCUAUGCUGUAUACAGCCAGAAAAUGUUAAAUGCUGCUAUAGAAUCUCUGGUGCAGAAGGUACAGUGUGGUGUUGUCAUCAAUUUUGAAAAGUUUGGACCUGAUCCUCCUCCAGUCACUGACUCUAGUAGAAUGGAACCAGAUUCCAAUGGCAAUGCUAAAGAGAACUUGGAUACUAAUAAACCCAUCAUGUUUGAUGACCUUGAAGACAAGAAGUCUAUGAAUCACCUAGGCAUUAAUGGUCAUCAUCAACAGAGUCAAGCCUGGCAUAGCUGUAGGAAACUUAUUUACGUUCCACGGUCUGCUCAGAAGGGCCAUUGUACAGGCCAUUGGCCUAUCCCAGAAGGUUAUUGGCCUGAUGUUUCAAGCCCGGCUUUGCCUCCCCGUAAUGCGCAUCCAGUGGUUCAGUUUUCUUGCCAGCCUUCUGAUCCACUUGUUAUAGAGAACUUGCCAUUUGACAAAUAUGAACUGGAGCCAUCCCCACUUACCCAGUACAUCUUGGAGAGGAGGCAGCCCAACACAUCCUGGCAGGUGUUUGUGGCCAACAGCAGUAAAUUCAGUGAAAUGUGCCACCCUUUUGGAUACUUAAAAGCCAGCAGCUCCUUGACAGCUGUCAACCUGUUUGUUAUGCCUUACAAUUAUCCUGUGUUGCUACCCCUUUUAGAUGAGCUUUUUAAAGUUCACAAUUUGAAACCAAACCAACCUUGGAGGCAGAGGUUUGAAAACUAUUUGAAGACAAUGCCUGGUUACUAUGCCCCGAACCUGAGGAGAGCAUUAGCGAGGAUGGGGGCACCAAACCUGGUUUCUGACAAUAUGGACAACUGCCUUAGCUACAGUGUGAUAACAUACCUCAAGAAGUUAAAAAAUCAGGCUAGGAUAGAGAUGGAUAGAUUGAAUGCAUCUAUUGGUCAAAAGCCACCUAGACAUGAGGGGAUGAGAGUCAAUACAAGGAGCAAAACAUCAAUCCUACAGAGGAAAGAUUUCAACCAAUUGUUGGCCAACCUUGGUGGCAACAUUGCAAGUCUGAAGCAAGAGCUCCAGCAGGACUACAGUGGGUUUACUUUAGCUGUAGCUGAUCCAGAAAUCAAACCACAAUUUUAUAGAAAUCCAUAUGAUAUACCACGCAAAAGCCUUAUAGAUCAAAUAAGUCGGAUGAAGAACAAUUUCCUCAGGACUUCCAUUAAUUCUGAAUCUCUAAUUGACCUUGAUGAAAGACAUAGAGUUGCCAUAGGUCAGAUGGGUAAUUACCAAGAAGUUUUGAAGAAACAGCCGCCUGCUUUAAGAGAACUAGAAAGCACACCCACCAGGUUACACAUGUUUGGUAACCCUUUCAAGGUCAAUAAACAGCUCACUGUUGAUGAAGCAGAAGAAGCUAUUGUAAUAGGAAGUUCUCCAAGAAAAAGAGCAGCAUCUGAAACUCCCCCCAAUUCACCACACAGAAAACGCAAGCCUGGUCCAUUACCCCGUGACAUACCAUAUCGUCGUCCUUCCACAUCCUCAAUCACACCUCCAGCUAGUCCUGCAGCUUCUGUUGUCUCAGAUUCUGACUUUGAAUCAGAUGAAACGCCACUUCAGAUAAUCACAGAUUCUGACGAUGAGGCUGGUAGCUUAGGUAGUGACGGUGAAGAGAGUUCCUCUGUGUUUAACCACAUGGCCUCAACACCUCCAGUGGCCAGUGCUCCCAGUGAGAAUGGUCACUCUGACUCCAAUAGAGUAACAGGCAGUGGUGACAAUUUACAUAACAGACUGACUGACACAUUGACUGAAGCAUUUAUAGGCAAUAAAAAAGAUCAGCAGAUCUGGAUCUUCAACAAGCAUCUGAAGGUCAUGAUCACUAAAGAAGUUAAAAAACCAGGAAGAAGGUUUGACAGGUUGUUUGAGCUGCUGAACACAUUGCAGGGGAGUCCAAAGGUCCAGACAGAUUUUAUACGCGACGUCAUUAAUGAGGCACACAGAUUUAAAAGAAAGGCCCUCGCAGAAGACUUAGAAAAUUACAUUCAGAUGCUACACAAUCGCAACAAUAACAAACUCAAUAAGUACCCCAGUAAAACACCAUUUAGCUGAUACACAGGCAAAGCUAACACAAACGUCUCUAGCCUUAAAGAAGUGUACUCACCCUGUUAGCUCUACUUACUUGAUGCCAAUCCACCAGGAUAAGGACUGGUGUGUCUGUUAAUCCUUGACCUAGUUCAGGAAGUGGCAAGUAGUGUGGCCCUGUGUCUGCUGUUGGCAACCUUAAUCUUGAGUUUUAUCAAGUUCUGGUGCUACUGCUACCUUACUUUGUUUAGGUCUGGUCUGGUACAUGAGCAGGAAUACCUUGUGGAGCCAGUGUUGUCAGGCAUUGAUUGGUUGUUACUUUAUGCUCAACAUCUCAGUUUGUCUGGUCCAGGUUUUCCUGGGUGGUGGGCUACGUUAUCUAUUUGUACCCAGACUGAACAGGGUGGACUAAAUGAUACAUGCCAACCUGCUAGUUUUACCCAGACCAUACUAGUUUGACUCAAUGGUACUUGCCAAUCUGGUAGUUAUACCCAGACAAUACUAGUUUGACUACAUGGUACAAGCCAUUCAGGUAGUUUUACCUAGACCAUACUAAAUGGUACAUGCUAAUUGGUUAGUUCUACCAUAUGGACUGUAGUGCCGACUAAGUGUCAUAGGCUAAUCUAGUAGUUGUACCGCAAGAUUAUGGUGUUUACUAAUGGUACAUGCUAAUUUGGUGCUGCACAGGAUUGACUAAAAAGUACUUGAUACAAUGGUAAUUGAACCUUCUAGACUGCAGGGUCGACUAAAUGAUACAUGCCAAUCUGGUACUUGUGUGUACACACAGGACUUUGUGAAUACCUCUUUGUAAAUAACUUGUAGAUAAUUUUUGUACCAUUCUUUUCCUUGUGGUGGAAGAUGAUACUGUUAAACAAAUCUGUGAUACAAAUGUUUUUGUUGGUCUUAGAGCCAUUUUUUUUUCUUUACAAUGUGACUUUCUGCCAUUGUCAACUUAAGUGGAGCUGUUUCGUGGACAAUGCAGCCGUGUUGUUGGACUGUUCUAAGCUAGGCUAUCAACAGUGGUAGCCUUUUUUUUUCUGGAAGAUUCUUCACUAAUAAAUAACAUGGUUUCACUUGUCCAUGCAUUC